AUGUCGUUGAGAAAAAGCUUGUACAAACAAAGCUCGCGGGCGUUUGGUUCAAUAGGAAAUUCGAGUGAUGUGGCGAUUGACGAGAAAUAUUGGGUUAAAGAAUGGUAUUCUCCGCAUAAAUCCAAGGACCCAUUGGUUCGUCAACAGGCCCCGACAGUGGGCUCAGUACAAAGUCCGUCGGGUGUUACAACUCCCUCUGAGCUCACACCUCAACCACAACAGUUUCAAUCAAAUCAGCCCCAAUCUCAAACUCCUCAGCCUGCAAAAAGUCUGCGAUUUAAACUGAGGGUGUGGACCGUGACCGAUACCAAUAAUUUUAAAGAUUGCUUAGAUGAGGACACUGACACGGCCUUGGAUCUAAAUUCUCAUCCUUAUCUUGCUGGCAAUUUUGGAUCGAGGGAGGCUCAGGCGACAGGGGCAACUGGCCUAACAGAUGCAGAUAUUAAAUCUGCCGUCAGUGGAACUGGAGACGGUAGACUGUUCUCUAGCAGUGCUGCACCUUCAAUAGAAGAUCAAAAAGAUGCGCAAAAGGACGCUGGAUCUGUGGAGAAUCUGGGUGAAACGACAUGA